UAUCAAUCAACAACAAACUAAUAGUAGGAGGAAAGAUUCAGCUGGACACUUUGCUUUCAAACAUUGUGAAAGAAACAGCAGAAACAAAACAUCUGAAAACAAAACUUUUGGUGGAAAAACAAAACCUGGACAAACUGAAGAACAACAUUAAACAAGAGAGAGCAUAUCUGAGCAAAGCCAAUAUGCUCAUGAGCAAAGAAAAACUAGAGCUGGCCUUGAUGAAGUCUGAUAUGCAAAAACAAUUGAUCACAUUGGAGGAGAAUCAACACAUGAUUAUAGAGGGAAACAUUGACCUUGAAAUCAGAGAAAAUGAGUUAAAAAAGAAAACAAUGGGACUGGACACAAUAGCUGAGAAGAUGAAGAAGGGAAGGGAACAAAUUCACCAGCUAAACAUGGAUGUUGGGACAAAAAGGGAUGAAGUCAAUGAUAACCGAUGUGCAAUGGAACAGCAAAACAAGGACUUGAGUGUUUUUAGACAGGAACAUUGUCAAAAGAGCAAAGAGAUUGCAUUUGCCAGGACCAAAAUAAGUACAGGGAUGGAAAAGCUACUCAAAAUGAAGGCUGAUUUUGAAACUGAAAAAAUACUGCAUGCCAAAGACACGGAGACGAUGGAACAACUACAAUCUGAGCAGAAAGUGUUGCAAGAUAACUUUAGGUCUUGUAUCCUGUCAAUGAGAAGAGUGACAGAUGAUUUAAAGGCAAAGUAUGAAAAGAAACUUGAAGACAUUGACAAAAAGGUUAUCAAAUUAGAAGCGAAAAAUGAAGGUAUGCCGAAAUUGUUGCUUAAAUUUAAGCAGAUGCUGGAAGAUAGUAAUCAAGGCAGAAAUCAAAUAUCAAUCAACAACAAACUAAUAGGAGGAAAAAUUCAGCUGGACAAUUUGCUUUCAAAUGUAGUGAAAGAAUCAGAAGAAAUAAAACAUCUGAAAACAAAACUUUUGGUGGAAAAACAAAACCUGGACAAACUGAAGAACAACAUUAAACAAGAGAAAGAAAUCCUGAUCAAAGCCAAUGAGCUCAUGAGCAAAGAAAAACUGGAGCUUGUUUUGAUGAAGUCUGAUAUGCAAAAACAAAUGAUCACAUUGAAAGAGAAUCAACGCAUGACCAAAGAGAGAUACAGUGACCUUAAAAUCAGAGAAAAUGAGUUUAGAAAGAAUAAAACAGGAUUGGACAGAAUAGCUGAGAAGAUGAAGAAAGAGAGGGAACAAAUUCAUCAGCUAAUCAUGGACGUUGUGACAAAAAGAGAUGAAGACAAUGAUAACCGAUUUGCAAUGGAACAGCAAAAUAGGGACUUGAGUGUUCUCAGACAGGAACAUUGUGAAAAGAGCAAAGAGAUUGCAUUUGCCAGGACCAAAAUAAGUACAGAUAUGGAAAAGCUACUCAAAAUGAAGGCUGAUUUUGAAACCGAAAAAAUACUGCAUGCCAAAGACACAGAGACGAUGCAACAACUGCAAUCUGAGCAGAAGGUGUUGCAAGAUUACUUUAGGUCUUGUAUCCUGUCAAUUGAAAGAGUGAGAGAUGAUUUAAAGCCAAAGUAUAAAAAGAAACUUGAGGACAUUGACAAAAAGGUUGUCAAAUUAGAAGCGAAAAAUGAAGGUAUGCCGAAAUUGUUGCUUACAAUAAAGCACAUACUGGAAAAUAGUAAUCAAGGCAGAGAUCAAAUAUCAAUCAACAACAAACUAAUAGUAGGAGGAAAGAUUCAGCUGGACACUUUGCUUUCAAACAUUGUGAAAGGAACAGCAGAAACAAAACAUCUGAAAACAAAACUCUUGGUGGAAAAACAAAACCUGGACAAACUGAAGAACAACAUUAAACAAGAGAGAGCAUAUCUGAGCAAAGCCAAUAUGCUCAUGAGCAAAGAAAAACUAGAGCUGGCCUUGAUGAAGUCUGAUAUGCAAAAACAAUUGAUCACAUUGGAGGAGAAUCAACACAUGAUUAUAGAGGGAAACAUUGACCUUGAAAUCAGAGAAAAUGAGUUAAAAAAGAAAACAAUGGGACUGGACACAAUAGCUGAGAAGAUGAAGAAGGGAAGGGAACAAAUUCACCAGCUAAACAUGGAUGUUGGGACAAAAAGGGAUGAAGUCAAUGAUAACCGAUGUGCAAUGGAACAGCAAAACAAGGACUUGAGUGUUUUUAGACAGGAACAUUGUCAAAAGAGCAAAGAGAUUGCAUUUGCCAGGACCAAAAUAAGUACAGGGAUGGAAAAGCUACUCAAAAUGAAGGCUGAUUUUGAAACUGAAAAAAUACUGCAUGCCAAAGACACGGAGACGAUGGAACAACUACAAUCUGAGCAGAAAGUGUUGCAAGAUAACUUUAGGUCUUGUAUCCUGUCAAUGAGAAGAGUGACAGAUGAUUUAAAGGCAAAGUAUGAAAAGAAACUUGAAGACAUUGACAAAAAGGUUAUCAAAUUAGAAGCGAAAAAUGAAGGUAUGCCGAAAUUGUUGCUUAAAUUUAAGCAGAUGCUGGAAGAUAGUAAUCAAGGCAGAAAUCAAAUAUCAAUCAACAACAAACUAAUAGGAGGAAAAAUUCAGCUGGACAAUUUGCUUUCAAAUGUAGUGAAAGAAUCAGAAGAAAUAAAACAUCUGAAAACAAAACUUUUGGUGGAAAAACAAAACCUGGACAAACUGAAGAACAACAUUAAACAAGAGAAAGAAAUCCUGAUCAAAGCCAAUGAGCUCAUGAGCAAAGAAAAACUGAAGCUUGUUUUGAUGAAGUCUGAUAUGCAAAAACAAAUGAUCACAUUGAAAGAGAAUCAACGCAUGACCAAAGAGAGAUACAGUGACCUUAAAAUCAGAGAAAAUGAGUUUAGAAAGAAUAAAACAGGAUUGGACAGAAUAGCUGAGAAGAUGAAGAAAGAGAGGGAACAAAUUCAUCAGCUAAUCAUGGACGUUGUGACAAAAAGAGAUGAAGACAAUGAUAACCGAUUUGCAAUGGAACAGCAAAAUAGGGACUUGAGUGUUCUCAGACAGGAACAUUGUGAAAAGAGCAAAGAGAUUGCAUUUGCCAGGACCAAAAUAAGUACAGAUAUGGAAAAGCUACUCAAAAUGAAGGCUGAUUUUGAAACCGAAAAAAUACUGCAUGCCAAAGACACAGAGACGAUGCAACAACUGCAAUCUGAGCAGAAGGUGUUGCAAGAUUACUUUAGGUCUUGUAUCCUGUCAAUUGAAAGAGUGAGAGAUGAUUUAAAGCCAAAGUAUAAAAAGAAACUUGAGGACAUUGACAAAAAGGUUGUCAAAUUAGAAGCGAAAAAUGAAGGUAUGCCGAAAUUGUUGCUUACAAUAAAGCACAUACUGGAAAAUAGUAAUCAAGGCAGAGAUCAAAUAUCAAUCAACAACAAACUAAUAGUAGGAGGAAAGAUUCAGCUGGACACUUUGCUUUCAAACAUUGUGAAAGGAACAGCAGAAACAAAACAUCUGAAAACAAAACUCUUGGUGGAAAAACAAAACCUGGACAAACUGAAGAACAACAUUAAACAAGAGAGAGCAUACCUGAGCAAAGCCAAUAUGCUCAUGAGCAAAGAAAAACUAGAGCUGGCCUUGAUGAAGUCUGAUAUGCAAAAACAAUUGAUCACAUUGGAGGAGAAUCAACACAUAAUUAAAGAGGGAAACAUUGACCUUGAAAUCAGAGAAAAUGAGUUAAAAAAUAAAACAAUGGGACUGGACACAAUAGCUGAGAAGAUGAAGAAGGGAAGGGAACAAAUUCACCAGCUAAACAUGGAUGUUGGGACAAAAAGAGAUGAAGUCAAUGAUAACCGAUGUGCAAUGGAACAGCAAAAUAAGGACUUGAGUGUUUUUAGACAGGAACAUUGUCAAAAGAGCAAAGAGAUUGCAUUUGCCAGGACCAAAAUAAGUACAGGGAUGGAAAAGCUACUCAAAAUGAAGGCUGAUUUUGAAACUGAAAAAAUACUGCAUGCCAAAGACACGGAGACGAUGGAACAACUACAAUCUGAGCAGAAGGUGUUGCAAGAUCACUUUAGGUCUUGUAUCCUGUCAAUGAGAAGAGAGACAGAUGAUGUAAAGGCAAAGUAUGAAAAGAAACUUGAAGACAUUGACAAAAAGGUUGUCAAAUUAGAAGCGAAAAAUGAAGGUAUGCCAAAAUUGUUGCUUGAAUUUAAGCACAUGCUGGAAGAUAGUAAUCAAGGCAGAGAUCGAAUAUCCAUCAACAACAAACUAAUAGGAGGAAAGAUUCAGCUGGACAAUUUGCUUUCAAAUGUAUUGAAAGAAUCAGAAGAAAUAAAACAUCUAAUAAAGAAACUUUUGGAGGAAAAACAAAACCUGGACAAACUAAAGAACAACAUUAAACAAGAGGAAGAAAUCCUGAGCAAAGCCAAUGAGUUCAUGAGCAAAGAAAAACUGGAGCUUGUUUUGAUAAGGUCUGAUAUGCAAAAACAAAUGAUCGCAUUGAAAGAGAAUCAACACAUGACCAAAGAGAGAUACAGUGACCUUAAAAUCAGAGAAAACGAGUUUAGAAAGAAUAAAACAGGAUUGGACAGAAUAGCUGAGAAGAUGAAGAAAGAGAGGGAACAAAUUCAUCAGCUAAUCAUGGACGUUGUGACAAAAAGAGAUGAAGUCAAUGAUAACCGAUUUGCAAUGGAACAGCAAAAUAGGGACUUGAGUGUUCUCAGACAGGAACAUUGUCAAAAGAGCAAAGAGAUUGCAUUUGCCAGGACCAAAAUAAGUACAUAUAUGGAAAAGCUACUCAAAAUUAAGGCUGAUUUUGAAACUGAAAAAAUACUGCAUGCCAAAGACACAGAGACGAUGCAACAACUGCAAUCUAAACAGAAAGUGUUGCAAGAUUACUUUAAGUCUUGUACCCUGUCAAUUGAAAGAGUGAGAGAUGAUUUAAAGGCAAAGUAUAAAAAGAAACUUGAAGACAUUGACAAAACGGUUGUCAAAUUAGAAGCAAAAAAUGAAGGUAUGCCGAAAUUGUUGCUUACAAUAAAGCACAUGCUGGAAAAUAGUAAUCAAGGCAGAGAUCAAAUAUCAAUCAACAACAAACUAAUAGUAGGAGGAAAGAUUCAGCUGGACACUUUGCUUUCAAACAUUGUGAAAGAAACAGCAGAAACAAAACAUCUGAAAACAAAACUCUUGGUGGAAAAACAAAACCUGGACAAACUGAAGAACAACAUUAAACAAGAGAGAGCAUACCUGAGCAAAGCCAAUAUGCUCAUGAGCAAAGAAAAACUAGAGCUGGUCUUGAUGAAGUCUGAUAUGCAAAAACAAUUGAUCACAUUGGAGGAGAACCAACGCAUGAUUAAAGAGGGAAACAUUGACCUUGAAAUCAGAGAAAAUGAGUUAAAAAAGAAUGCAAUGGGACUGGACACAAUAACUGAGAAGAUGAAGAAGGGAAGGGAACAAAUUCACCAGCUAAACAUGGAUGUUGGGACAAAAAGAGAUGAAGUCAAUGAUAACCGAUGUGCAAUGGAACAGCAAAAUAAGGACUUGAGUGUUCUCAGACAGGAACAUUGUCAAAAGACCAAAGAGAUUGCAUUUGCCAGGACCAAAAUAAGUACAGAGAUGGAAAAGCUACUCAAAAUGAAGGCUACAUUUGAAACUGAAAAAAUACUGCAUGCCAAAGACACGGAGACGAUGGAACAACUACAAUCUGAGCAGGAGGUGUUGCAAGAUCACUUUAGGUCUUGUAUCCUGUCAAUGAGAAGAGAGACAGAUGAUGUAAAGGCAAAGUAUGAAAAGAAACUUGAAGACAUUGACAAAAAGGUUGUCAAAUUAGAAGCGAAAAAUGAAGGUAUGCCAAAUUUGUUGCUUGAAUUUAAGCACAUGCUGGAAGAUAGUAAUCAAGGCAGAGAUCGAAUAUCCAUCAACAACAAACUAAUAGGAGGAAAGAUUCAGCUGGACAAUUUGCUUUCAAAUGUAUUGAAAGAAUCAGAAGAAAUAAAACAUCUAAUAAAGAAACUUUUGGAGGAAAAACAAAACCUGGACAAACUAAAGAACAACAUUAAACAAGAGGAAGAAAUCCUGAGCAAAGCCAAUGAGUUUAUGAGCAAAGAAAAACUGGAGCUUGUUUUGAUAAGGUCUGAUAUGCAAAAACAAAUGAUCGCAUUGAAAGAGAAUCAACGCAUGACCAAAGAGAGAUACAGUGACCUUAAAAUCAGAGAAAAGGAGUUUAAAAAGAAUAAAACAGGAUUGAACAAAAUAGCUGAGAAGAUGAAGAAAGAGAGGGAACAAAUUCAUCAGCUAAACAUGGACGUUGUGACAAAAAGAGAUGAAGUCAAUGAUAAUCGAUUUGCAAUGGAACAGCAAAAUAGGGACUUGAGUGUUCUCAGACAGGAACAUUGUCAAAAGAGCAAAAAGAUAGCAUUUGCCAGGACCAAAAUAAGUACAGAUAUGGAAAAGCUACUCAAAAUGAAGGCUGAUUUUGAAACCGAAAGAAUACUGCAUGCAAAAGACACAGGGACGAUGCAACAACUGCAAUCUGAGCAGAAGGUGUUGCAAGAUUACUUUAAGUCUUGUAUCCUGUCAAUUGAAAGAGUGAGAGAUGAUUUAAAAGCAAAGUAUAAAAAGAAACUUGAAGACAUUGACAAAAAGGUUGUCAAAUUAGAAGCGAAAAAUGAAGGUUUGCCGAAAUUGUUGCUUACAAUAAAGCACAUGCUGGAAAAUAGUAAUCAAGACAGAGAUCAGAUAUCAUUGAACAACAAACUAAUAGUAGGAGGAAAGAUUCAGCUGGACACUUUGCUUUCAAACAUUGUGAAAGAAACAGCAGAAACAAAACAUCUGAAAACAAAACUCUUGGUGGAAAAAGAAAACCUGGACAAACUGAAGAACAACAUUAAACAAGAGAAAGAAAUCCUGAGCAAAGCCAAUAUGCUCAUGAGCAAAGAAAAACGAGAGCUGGCCUUGAUGAAGUCUGAUAUGCAAAAACAAUUGAUCACAUUGGAGGACAAUCAACGCAUGAUUAAAGAGGGAAACAUUGACCUUGAAAUCAGAGAAAAUGAGUUAAAAAAGAAUACAAUGGGACUGGACACACUAGCUGAGAAGAUGAAGAAGGGAAGGGAACAAAUUCACCAGCUAAACAUGGAUGUUGGGACAAAAAGAGAUGAAGUCAAUGAUAACCGAUGUGCAAUGGAACAGCAAAAUAAGGACUUGAGUGUUCUCAGACAGGAACAUUGUCAAAGGAGCAAAGAGAUUGCAUUUGCCAAGACCAAAAUAAGUACAGGGAUGGAAAAGCUACUCAAAAUGAAGGCUACUUUUGAAACCGAAAAAAUACUGCAUGCCAAAGACACAGAGACAAUGGAACAACUGCAAUCUGAGCAGAAGGUGUUGCAAGAUCACUUUAGGUCUUGUAUCCUGUCAAUGAGAAGAGUGGCAGAUGAUUUGAAGGCAAAGUAUGAAAAGAAACUUGAAGACAUUGACAAAAAGGUUGUCAAUUUAGAAGCGAAAAAUGAAGGUAUGCCGAAAUUGUUGCUUAAAUUUAAGCACAUGUUGGAAGAUAGUAAUCAAGACGGAGAUCGAAUAUCAAUCAACAACAAACUAAUAGUAGGAGGAAAGAUUCAGCUGGACAAUUUACUUUCAAAUGUAGUGAAAGAAUCAGAAGAAUUAAAACAUCAGAAAACAAAACUUUUGAUGGAAAAGCAAAACCUGGACGAACUAAAGAACAACAUUAAACAAGAGGAAGAAAUCCUGAGCAAAGCCAAUGAGCUCAUAAGCAAAGAAAAACUGGAGCUUGUUUUGAUGAAGUCUGAUAUGCAAAAACAAUUGAUCACAUUGAAAGAGAAUCAACGCAUGACCAAAGAGAGAUACAGUGACCUUAAAAUCAGAGAAAACGAGUUUAUAAAGAAUAAAACAGGAUUGGACGGAAUAGCUGAGAAGAUGAAGAAAGAGAGGCAACAAAUUCAUCAGCUAAACAUGGACGUUGUGACAAAAAGAGAUGAAGUCAAUGAUAACCGAUGUGCAAUGGAACAGCAAAAUAGGGACUUGAGUGUUCUCAGACAGGAACAUUGUCAAAAGAGCAAAGAGAUUGCAUUUUCCAGGACCAAAAAAAGUACAGAGAUGGAAAAGCUACUCAAAAUGAAGGCUGAUUUUGCAACCGAAAACAUACUGCAUGCCAAAGACACGGAGACGAUGGAACACCUGCAAUCUGAGCAGAAAGUGUUGCAAGAUUACUUUAAGUCUUGUAUCCUGUCAAUGCAAAGAGUGAGAGAUGAUUUAAAGGCAAAGUAUAGAAAGAAACUUGAAGACAUUGACAAAAGGUUUGUCAAAUUAGAAGCGAAAAAUGAAGGUAUGCCGAAAUUGUUGCUUAAAUUUAAGCACAUGCUGGAAGAUAGUAAUCAAGACAGAGAUCGAAUAUCAAUCAACAACAAACUAAUAGUAGGGGGAAAGAUUGAGCUGGACAAUUUGUUUUCAAAUGUAGUGAAAGACUCAGAAGAAAUAAAACAUCUGAAAACAAAACUUUUGGUGGAAAAACAAAACCUGGACAAACUAAAGAACAACAUUAAACAAGAAAAAGAAAUCCUGAGCAAAGCCAAUGAGCUCAUGAGCAAAGAAAAACUGGAGGUUGUUUUGAUGAAGUCUGAUAUGCAAAAACAAUUGAUCACAUUGGGGGAGAAUCAACGCAUGAUUAAAGAGGGAUACAUUGACUUUGAAAUCAGACAAAAUGAGUUUAAAAAGAAUACAACAGGACUGGACACAAUAGCUGAGAAGAUGAAGAAGGGAAGGGAACAAAUUCUUCAGCUAAACAUGGGUGUUGGGACAAAAAGAGAUGAAGUCAAUGACAACAAAUGUGCAAUGGAACAGCAAAAUAGGGACUUGUGUGUUCUCAGACAGGAACAUUGUCAAAAGAGCAAAGAGAUUGCAUUUACCAGAACCAAAAUAAGUACAGAGAUGGAAAAGCUUUUCAAAAUGAAGGCUAAAUUUCAAACCGAAAAAAUACUGCAUGCCAAAGACACGAAGCGGAUGGAAAAACUGAAAUCUGAGCAAAAGGUGUUGCAAGAUCACUUUCGGUCUUGUAUCCUGUCAAUGGAAAGAGUGGGAGAUGUUUUAAAGGCAAAGUAUAAGAAGAAAUUUGAGGACAUUGACAAAAAAUGUGUCAUUUUAGAAGCAAAAAAUGAAGGUAUGCCGAAAAUCUUGUUUGAAUUAAAGCACAUGAUGGAAGACAGUAAUAGAGGCAGAGAUCAAAUAUCAAUCAACAACAAACUAACAAUGGUAGGAAAUUUGUUUUCAAACGUAGUGAAAGAAACAGAAGAAAUAAAACAUCUGAAGACAAAACUCUUGUUGGAAAAACAAGACCUGGACAAACUGAAGAACAACAUUAAACAAGAGAAAGAAAUCAUGAGGGAAAUUUAUAGGAUAAUGAGCAAAGGAAAACUGGAGCUGGACUUGUUGGAGUCUGAUAUGCAAAAACAAGUGAUCACAUUGGAAGAUAAUCAACGCAUAACUAAAGAGAGAUACAUUGAUCUUGAAAUCAGAGAAAAUGAGUUCAAGAAGAAUAAAACAGGAUUGGACACAUUAGUUGAGGAUAUGAAGAAGGAAAAGAAAAAUAUUUAUCACUUAAACAUGGAUGUCGUGACUAAAAGAGAUGAAGUCAAUGACAACAGAUGUGCAUUGGAUCAGAAACAUAAGGACUUUGGUGUUCGCAGACAAGAACAUUGUCAAAAGAGCAAAGAGAUUGAAGGUAUACCAAAAUUGUUGCUUAGAAUAAAGCACAUUAUGGAAGAUAGUAAUCAAGGCCGAGAUCGAAUAUCAAUCCACAACAAACUAAUAAUGGGAGGAAGGAUUCAGCUGGACAUUUUGCUUUCAAGCAUAGUGAAAGAAACAGAAGAAAUAAAACAUCUGAAAACAAAACUCUUGGUGGAAAAACAAAACCUAGACAAACUGCAGAACAACAUUAAACAAGAGAAAGAAAUCCUGAAACAAGGAAAGACAACCCAUCUUGUUUUGGCAAAAUCAAACAAGGCAAUGAAAAAUGAACUAUUUGAAAUGAAGUGCAGGCUUGAAGAAAAUAAGCAACAUUCGGAUGUAACUUACCAGUGCAUGCAAUCUGCAAAAGAUAAUAAUUUCAUUGUAUCCAGAAGUGUUGGAGUGGAAAAUGAACUCAAACAGAGGCUUUGUACUAUACCCGAUUUAGUGAUAAAAAGAGGUGUUUCCCCAGUAACCAGAAUUUCUAAAAGCGAUUGUCUACGGAAAAUCUGGAAAGAUAUAAAAACAGAAAAGAGGAAUAUUGAUCAGAUGAAGUGUCAGGGUCAUGAGAUGAAAAAGAACCUGGAGAAACAAUUGCAUGUGAUAAACCCGAUUGUUAAAUCAUAUUGGAAACAAAAGGAAUAUACAUUUGUGAAAAAGAAGACCUUAAAUCAAGGAGUUGGUGACACAUCGCAAAGUUACUCAAAGACCAAGGACAAAAGAGAAGAUGAAAAAUGCUUAGACCUUCAAAAACUCAAAAUUGAGAUGCUUAGUGAUAUUGAGACUCUCAUUGUCAAGCAAGAACAUAUGACCAGAGCCCUGAAAACUAGUGAUACAGCUACCCAAACACUUCAGAUGGCUAUGACAACAGAUGGAUACAACAUAAUUAAUGAAGAGCAGACAAAGACUGGGAAAACAAAAUUAGCAACCAAUACAUUCAGUGGACUUUUGUAUCGUCUCCAGUGUUAUUAUAACAAAUGUUGCUGUGGAAACUUCAGGAAGCCAUGUGCGGAGGAUAAAUGAGACAAGUGGUUUUCGGGUGAUUUGGAACCUGACUCAGCUGACUUUUGGCAUGGUGAACUCGUUUUUGGACUGUGGGAGGAAACACACACAAAAAGCCAAUUGUUUGCCACCUGAGGAUCAAAUCCGGGUCCGACGCCAGCAACUGGGUCCUUAAAUCUUCCAUGUGUGGGCUUCUCUAGGGGGGAAGUGUGGAUUAUGCAUCCUGCCCAAGGGAUGGGAGGGAGGUAAAGGAGGCAGGACUGGAACAUGGUUACUGGGCGACCCACUCGACCUCCUGACCCAUGCUGUCCCCGGCAAUAGAAUAUAAGCAAUGACAUAUUAUGAGCAAGUUUAAGAAAUAGUACACAGUUUUGCUUUUUAGGUAAACAGAGGAAACAAAGUGCUUCGAGCCACAGUGUCUCAUACCACUAACUCCUUCAUUUAUUCAUGUAACAUUAGUUUAUCAUUUAUUAUUUACUAUAUACUCUAUUCUUCAUUCAUUAUAUAUUGCUUAUCAGUGUUAACUCCUGUAUCUAUUCUAUCAUUAUUAAUAAUGAUUGUUUUUCUGUAUUUAUUCAUCACUAGAAUUUUUAAGAUUUCAUUGAAAUGUAAACUGUAUUACAAAUAAAGUAUAUUAUUAUCAUUGUUACAGAAUGCUUCUGUCAGUAAGUACUUUGGUAUAAUUUAUUAU